AUGCUGUUUUUCUCUUUCUUCAAAUCGCUUGUUGGCAAAGAUGUUGUAGUUGAACUGAAGAAUGAUUUGAGUAUUUGUGGAACUCUCCAUUCAGUUGAUCAAUAUCUGAACAUGAAACUCACUGAUAUAACUGUACCAGAUGCAGAUCGUUUCCCACAUAUGAUGUCCGUCAAAAAUUGUUUCAUUCGUGGGUCAGUUGUAAGAUAUGUACAACUGCCUGCCGAACAAGUUGAUACUCAACUCCUUCAAGAUGCUUCUCGCAAAGAAAUAGCUCAAAAUAGAGCAAAAUAG